CACUGGGCACAGACAGAGAGAAAAUGAGCAGCAAGCCUGGCACAUAGACCGGUCAGAAGCACUGAACCCCCAGCGCGGAAACAGCGCUCUGAAUUUAAAACAUAACACCGAGACAACAGGAGGGAGCAACUUACAAACAAACCCAAAAAACCCCCCAGCAGCAACAGCAAAAAAAGUUAACCCUCACUUUCUGCGGAUACAGUGGUAGUCAUGUAAUUUUUUUUGCUUUGAAUGCACAGACUGUCUGACACAGCCGCUCCCGUACCAACACAGAGAGAGGGGCCAGAGAAAAAAAUAACUGGGAGAAAAUGAAGUUGGCCGCUCUUCUGUUUGUGAGUGUUUUCUGUGCAACGUUGAAGGUGCAGGAAGUAAUUUCACAGUCAGUGUGUGCCGGCACAGAGAAUAAGCUCAGCACGCUCUCUGACCUGGAGCAGCAGUAUCGAGCACUCCGGAAGAAUUAUGAAAACUGCGAAGUUGUCAUGGGCAACCUGGAGAUCACGAACAUCGACCGAAACAGGGACCUCUCCUUCCUGAGGUCCAUUCGAGAAGUCACAGGAUAUAUCCUUGCAGCCCUGAACCAGUUUGAGUAUCUGCCUUUGGAAAAUCUAAGAAUUAUUCGUGGCACAAAGUUGUAUGAAGAACGAUACGCACUCACGAUCCUGCUUAACUACAAGAAAGAUGGGGCCUUUGGAUUGAGGCAAUUGGGUUUGCAAAACAUGACAGAAAUCCUGAAUGGAGGCAUCUAUAUUGACCAGAACAAAUUUCUCUGCUAUGUCAACACUAUUCAUUGGCAAGAUAUUGUGCGUGACCCACCAAGUACAGAUAUUAUAAUUGUUCCCACCAACACCACCGUGGAGUGUGGGAGAUGCCACACGACAUGCAAUGGCCGAUGCUGGGGACCAUCGGAGAACCAAUGUCAGACCCUCACGAAGACGGUGUGUGCCCAGCAGUGUGAUGAGCGAUGCUUCAGCCCAUUUGUCAGCGACUGCUGCCAUCGGGAAUGUGCGGGUGGCUGCUCAGGGCCAAAGGACACAGAUUGUUUUGCCUGUACCAAUUUCAACGACAGCGGAGCCUGUGUUAUUCAGUGCCCUUUGCCAUUCUUUUACAACACUAUAACUUUCCAGGUGGAGCCCAAUCCCAACGCCAAGUAUACGUAUGGAGCAUUCUGUGUCAAGAAGUGUCCACAUAACUUUGUGGUGGAUCACAGUUCUUGUGUACGAGCUUGCCCGAGCAACAAGAUGGAAGUGGAAGAAAACGGAAUCAAAGUGUGUAAACCCUGCACGGACAUUUGUCCUAAAGCUUGUGAUGGAAUCGGAACUGGAAGUUUGCAGAUGGCGAAAACCGUAGACUCGAGCAACAUCGACAAGUUUAUGAACUGCACCAAGAUCAAUGGAAACCUUAUCUUUCUUAUCACUGGCAUUGAGGGUGACCCCUAUCAUAAUAUUGCUGCGUUGGAUCCAGAAAAGCUGAAUGUCUUCCGUACAGUCCGAGAGAUAACAGGUUUUUUGAAUAUUCAGUCCUGGCCAAGGAAUAUGACGGACUUCAACGUGUUUGCUAACCUGGUGACAAUAGGUGGUCGAAGUCUUUACAGUGGGAUCUCACUACUGAUUCUGAAGCAACAGUGGAUAACGUCGCUUCACUUCCAGUCCUUGGUGGAAAUCAGCGCAGGCAAUGUGUAUGUGUCCGACAACCCCAACCUGUGCUAUUAUCACACAGUCAACUGGACCGUGCUCUUCAGAACCAGUUUGCAGAAACCGGUUAUAAAGAACAACAGAAAUUCACAGAAUUGCACCUCUGACAGGAUGAUGUGUGACCCUUUGUGCUCCGAUGAUGGGUGCUGGGGUCCAGGCCCAAACCAGUGCCUGUCUUGCAGAUUCUUCCGUAGAGGCAGGACUUGCAUCGAAUCUUGCAACCUGUACGAAGGGGAUUUUCGAGAAUUCGCAAAUGGUACUGUCUGCAUGGAAUGUGAUGAGCAGUGUGAGAAAAUGGAUGAAGAUGUGUUAACGUGUCAUGGAACGGGCCCUGACCAUUGCACCAAGUGCUCCCACUUCAAGGAUGGGCCCAACUGUGUGGAGAAGUGCCCCGAUGGACUUCAUGGCGCCAAGGGUUUCAUCUUCAAGUAUGCUGACUCCAACCAUGAGUGCCAUCCUUGCCAUGCCAACUGCACCCAGGGGUGCACAGGCCCUCGUAUUAAGGACUGCAUCGAGAUGAUGGAUAGGACUCCUCUGAUAGCAGCUGGUGUAAUCGGUGGGCUCUUCAUCGUGGUCAUUCUGGCUCUGGUGUUUGCUGUGUACGUGAGGAGGAAACGCAUCAAGAAGAAACGAGCCAUGCGCCGGUUUUUGGAAACUGAGUUGGUGGAACCUCUAACCCCCAGUGGUGCUGCACCUAAUCAGGCACAGCUUAGGAUCCUCAAGGAGACAGAACUGAAAAGAAUCAAGAUUCUGGGUUCUGGUGCAUUUGGGACAGUUUACAAAGGCAUCUGGGUCCCAGAGGGGGAGACGGUGAAGAUUCCUGUGGCCAUUAAGAUCCUCCGUGAAAGAACAGGUCCCAAGGCGAAUGUAGAAUUCAUGGAUGAGGCCCUUAUAAUGGCCAGUAUGGACCAUCCACAUCUGGUUCGACUUUUGGGUGUAUGCCUCAGUCCCACAAUCCAGUUGGUCACGCAGCUGAUGCCCCAUGGCUGCCUCCUGGACUACGUCCGUGAACACAAGGAUAAUAUCGGAUCCCAGCUGCUUCUGAAUUGGUGUGUCCAGAUUGCAAAGGGUAUGAUGUACCUGGAGGAGAGACGGCUGGUUCAUCGAGACUUGGCAGCAAGGAACGUCUUGGUAAAGUCACCGAAUCACAUUAAGAUCACGGACUUCGGCUUGGCCAGGCUGUUGGAUGUGGAUGAGAAAGAGUACAAUGCAGAUGGUGGGAAGAUGCCAAUUAAGUGGAUGGCUUUGGAAUGUAUUCACUAUCGGAAAUUUACCCAUCAAAGUGACGUGUGGAGCUAUGGAGUCACGAUUUGGGAGUUGAUGACUUUUGGCGGGAAGCCGUACGAUGGAAUUCCAGCCCGUGAAAUACCAGACAUCUUGGAAAAAGGAGAGCGCCUUCCACAACCACCAAUCUGUACCAUUGAUGUCUACAUGGUGAUGGUGAAAUGCUGGAUGAUUGAUGCUGACAGCAGACCCAAGUUUAAAGAAUUGGCAGCGGAAUUCUCUCGAAUGGCUCGAGAUCCACAGAGGUACUUGGUAAUUCAGGGAGAUGACCAUAUGAAGCUGCCGAGCCCGAAUGAUAGCAAGUUCUUCCAGAGCCUGCUUGACGAAGAGGAGCUGGAAGACAUAAUGGAUGCGGAGGAGUACCUGGUCCCACAGGCCUUCAACAUCCCACCACCAAUCUACAGCUCAAGACCAAGGAUUGAUUCCAACAGGAUUUCUCAUGAUGUUGAAAGCCUCGAUCAAAUCUCCUCUCAACCUACUCUUUCCCAAAGUGAACAGCCCCAGCUUCUCCAGUCUAGCCACAGCCAAACAGGACACAGCCCUCCUCCUGCCUACACACCUAUGUCAGGAUAUCCCCAUGUUGCGUUAGUCCACUGCUCCAAUUCCACCUGUGCCUUUCAUUCCAAAGAUGUGCUCACAGAAUCACCAAAGAAUCAGUUUGUGUACCGCGAUGGGCUCUUUGGACCAGAGGAAGGGAUGUCCCUGCACAGCCGGCCGCCCACCUGUGCCAGCUCUGCCACGUUGGAGGAUCAGGGUGCUGCCUCGUCGCUGGAGGUCUUUGACGAUGCCUGUUGCAACGGGACGCUGAGGAAGCAGGUGCCACGCCCGAGGGAGGACAGUGCCACCCAGCGGUACAGCGCAGACCCUACGGUCUUCCUGUCAGAGCAUGGGCAAAGGAGUGAGCUGGAUGAGGAUGGCUACAUGACUCCCAUUCAGGAUAAAAAGACAAAAGGGGUUUGUGAGCGAGUGGGUACCACCCAGGAGGAGCGAACACUUUCAAGACCAUCCAAGGCAGACGCCAAGGUCAAAUUGUCACGCGCUGAAUACCUGAACCCAGUGGAAGAGAACCCAUUUGUUACUCUUCGGAAGAAUGGUGAUGUCCACGCUUUGGACAACCCAGAGUACCACAAUGUUCCAGAGGGGCAACAGACCACCGAGGAUGAGUAUGUGAAUGAGCCCCUCUAUCUCAACACUUUCGUCAACAUGGUUGAGAACCCAGAGUACCUGCAGGAUAAGAUCACCAUUUCGGAAAAUGUUGAUAAGGCUUUUGACAAUCCUGACUACUGGAACCACAGUUACCCUCCCAAAACCGCCAUGCACAACCCUGAGUAUCUGCAGGAGUAUGGCACAAAGUUUUUUUACAAGCAGAAUGGACGCAUCAAGCCUAUUGUAGCAGAGAACCCAGAGUAUCUCUCAGAGUUCUCAAUAAAGCCAGGAACUGUACUGCCUUCAUACGGACAGCGGAAUACGGUGGUGUAACCCUCACAGCACUCAGGAGUCCGGCCCCGCUGGAUUUCUUCAUUAAACCACAAACUUGUAUCCUGAAUAUUGACUUAGAAGGAGUAUGUCUGAGGCAAUAGUACUGGUGUCUGAAUGGAAGGAAAGUUCUAUUUGCUAGAAUUGAAUCCUGGUCCGUUUGGCCUUUUCCUAAACGGCACCUGUUUUCAAAGCAAUAUGGUUAUAACCAGCAAAAUGAAGGAUUCCUGUGGAAAUGCCAAAAAUGUAGCUUUUUGGGAUUGACCUUUCAUACUGCCCUUCAAAAAGAUGCCCUGGAAGGUUCCAUUCAUGGAUCAAAGUGCAAUGACUUCUGAAAUUCUCUUGUCAUUGGGAGAGAGGAAGUGAGGGUCCAAGGGAGCAGGAGUCCGUGACAUUAAUGCUGUGUUAAUCCUUGGAGAAGGAUGAUCUGAUAUAAUGUAACCUGCCAGCAAGCACAAGCAUUGACUGAUCUGGCCAAUCCAUCUGCACAAAUAUACACAUCUGUUUCUUUGAGGUGCACUGCACUGAUGCACCUUGAAUUUUUUGAAUUGGUGGCUGGGUAUGAAAUGCAUCAGUGGCUUUAACUAGCUAACCCUGCAGGGAGCUUCGUCAGCAAUGGGCCAUAGCAAGGUGGGGAGGUUGGGGGGGAGGGGGUUUGCGGUUGUAGAGGUUUACAUCUUGUGAGUCCAGAACACAACUGGAGGCAGAAAUGGGAAUGGAAUUGGACUGGUCUGGGCUGUGCUGGGAUGGUUGGUCUAUAACAAGCAUGCCACGAUGCUGAUUGCCUAUUUUUUGGUCUGAUGCAGAUGUUACCUGCAUAAUUAAAAAAGGUGGGGGUGGGGGUGUCUCAGUAAAGUCUUGUAACAGGCUUCAUUUUGAAGGUGUAUUCGAUAUGUAGCAGAGCUCUUAAUCCUUUUUUUAUACUGAAACACACUUUAGUAACAAUAACUUUUGAAAUAUUGGCAAGCAACAGAGCCGUUCUUAAUUCUAAAGAAUAGACUGAAGAAAUUGUCUUCUAACCAAGAACUUAAUGGAAGGAUUCAUGUUGUCUUUGAUAAGCACACAUCAGCACUGCCAAUCAUGUUUAUUACUGGAAUUGAGACGAUACUUAUCUAUGAGAGAUCUGCCGUGUACAGCCCUCAUCUUGCGUUGCCUUAGUCUGACUGGUACAUAACAGUCUUCAAAUGGCGACAGGUAGUUUCAGCAUUAGUAUGGAUCUUCUGCUGCUGCUGCUUGAGUAGGUAUCAGCAUUUUUUUUUGUGUUGCAACAAGGCCUUUUUUACGGCAUUUAAUGGAAGAUGGUAUCUUAUCUCAUGGAUGGGGGCCAGAGACAGGCCUCAGGUUCCACAUUUACCAAUCCAGAACCAACUUAGAAUUUGUUCAAAUGCUACCUUGGUCAGUUUGGCACUCAAACGACACAAGCUGGCUUAUUCAGGGAGUUUAGCCUAUCAGUGUUUUCUUUUCACUAGAACUGAGGCUUGUAUACAGUCUAACAGAAAGAUUGUGAAGGAGUACGUGGCUGAAUUCAGCUUCCAAGACCAUUUCCAUCUCUAACAAAAAAAAUGAUGGAGUGCUGACAUCUUUGCAUGUCCUUCCAGUAGUGUCAAGAUCAUCACUUGCUCUUUACCCAAGCCAUAAGGUUAAUCGGAAACUGCAUGAAUGAUUACUACCUGGCUCUGUAGCUUUGCUGUCCAGAAAUGAUGCAUUGCAAGUCUUCGCAAAGGCUACACUGCAGUGCUGCUGAACAUUAGAAAGAAAUGCAACAUCUAUAUACAAUCUCGAACAGUCAGCUCCAGUGAACAAUUUAUGUUUUGUGCUGUUCAACAUUUUUUUCAUUGUCCAGUUAUCCCCCUCCCCUAUUAGGAUGCUAACUUUCCACUUCUGUGUCCUGAGGUGUUGACAGUCUGAUUAAUAACCUGCAUUUAAAUGUUGUUUUCUAAAUACAUCCAUAUUGUCCUCAUAAUGGCACAGCAACCGUACAGCCUCUGAUAAGCAGAGUCCUCAACCCAGAGUGCAGACAUUCUUUUUCCAGCCAAGAGGUGGACAGGACUGAGAAGAUUUCUGUCCAUACAUAGCUUUGGUUAAACAGGGAGUGUAGCAUUGUGAAUAGGAUUUACUAUGGGUCCUAUCAAGCAUCCUUGGUCAAUGAAUCACUUAACAUAUAUUGUAUAAUACUGCAGGAGCAAUCAAGAAAAAAAUCUGUGAUUGCCUGUACUUAAAGCUGCCUGUAACCCAGUGUAAAGAUAAGUACAUCAAGUGUAACAGUUUUUAUUGACUGGACCUCAGAAGGAUAGCUUCCUGUCAGUGUCAUGUAGUUUAGGUGUAACUUCUUAUCUUACUGUCAAGAGUAGAUUAUUGAUAAAAUAUUCAGCUGCCUCUCUUAUCCAAUAAAUCAUUCAUAGAUUUCUACCACACGCAUUCUGUCAAUCAAAGCAAUCAGGAAUUAGUCACUUGGUAGUCCAGAACUUCAGCAUUACUGAAGAAAGGACGAUGCUGUUUCUUGAGCUUGUCAUCUGGUACUCAUUAGGAUAGAUGCAAAACUGCAAAAUUUCAGAAGGAGUAACAAUUCAUACUGCUUGAGAAAAGGGGGCCAGCUAUUCAGUACUCCUUUCUCAUGGACAGUGAAUCGUUACUGACGUUGAAAUUUGGUAGUUUUGCAUCUGUCCUGAGAAUGCCAGGCUCAAAGUUUUGACAGUCCGUCACCUUUUUCCGGGAAUUAAUAGCAAUCAACAUAUUCCUUUGCCUCAUUUCAGCAAUGACUUGACCACCUAUAAAGUGAUGGUGAUCUGGUGACACAGUGAAGGGCGGCACGGUGGCUCCAUGGUUAGCACUGCUGCCUCACAGCACCAGGGACCUGUGUUCAAUUCCAGCCUUGGGCAACCAUCUUUGUGGAAUUUGCACAUUCUCCCUGUAUCUGCGUGGGUUUCCUCUGGGUGCUCCAGUUUCCUCCCUCAGUCCAAAGUUGUGCCAGUUAGGUGGACUGGCCAUACUAAAUAUCCCAAUCGACACAGGCUUGGAGGGCCAAAGGGCCUGAUCCUGUGCUGUAGGUUUCUUUGUUUCUUUGUUUCUGUAUGACACUGGCCUUGCCAUUACGGAGAAAGUCAGUGUUUGUUACAUUGGGCAGGUAUGAGAACAGACAGCGCAAUCUUGGAAGGAGUGAGCAAAACCUCACGGUGCAGGUACUUAGCCAUGAGCUGACUGUUGUCCUUAUUACCUUGAUUUGACAUGGCUUUUCCCCCAGGCUCCUUCACCUCAAACUCUUCAGAAAGAUGCACUUGACUUCCCUUCUUAUUUUGAAUUCCAACUCAAAGAAUUUGAAACUUCACUGGAACUGUAAACAAUCAGUCACUGUGGUUUGAGUUUGAAUAUGUUUUGCUCCCUCUGACCUUGAGUUUAUGUACUAUUUACUUUGAAUGUACUGCAGUUUUUCAAAUUCAAUUUCUGAGAGACACUGUUAAUUUCAGUGUAAUGUCACUGAUGUAUAUAAAGAAGAUUCAUGUGAAUGUCUGUACAGCUUGCACCUGUCCUUUCAGGUCAUUACUGCCUUCAUCAGGCAGAUGUAUGGAAGCCUGGCUGAAAGAUCAUUUUACUGAGGUCACCUCAUAAUUCAGUACGUUGGGAGGCCAAUUUCAGGAAGCGCUAAAGUGCAAGAGAAAUUCAAGAUUUUUGUUGCCGAGUUUUCACAGCUUCUUUAGUCACUAAACAGCCUCCGAAAUGAACAAGAAUGGGGUCUUGAGCUGAAGCCUGGGUUUUACCCACAUUUAAGUGCAAGAGACCUUCAUGCUAUAGAAAUGGAAGCCUACAUUAGGGCUUGCUGCCCAGUGGGUCACUAAGGUACCAAGAUCCCUUAACUUUCCUGUUUACGCUUAUUAACAAUACUGUGGGGUAUUUUGGCAGUCAACACUUGAGUAAAGCUUUCGAAGCACAUGAGGGGGACUUUUCAUCAGAACUGAUGAAGAGUCCGCUGGAUUUGAAACGUUAAUUCUGCUUUCUCCCCACAGAUGCUGUCAAAGCUGCUGAGCUUCACCGGCAAUUCCUGUUUCUGUGUCAAGUAAUUGCUCCCUCAGUGCCUGUGCCAUCCUGAAACCUACCCCAAUGUCUGUCUCAGCCAGUGUGCUCCUCACUGUCAGUGGAGCCCACAGUUACUGUUUCAUGAAAAGUUCUUCUACUUCGCAAGUGCAAAUUAAGGCAUAAGACCAUAAGAAGUAGGAACAGGAGAAGGCUGUUUGGCCCUCAAGUCUGCUUUGCCAUUCAAUAGGAUAAUGGCUGAUCCAGUAUUCCUCACAUCCACUUCCCUGCAUUUUCCCCAAAACCCUUGAUUCCCCUGCUAAUCAAGAAUCUAUCUCUGCCAUAAAUAAUCACAAAGACUGUGACCUCACAGCUCUCAACAGGCAUUAAUGUGGCAACAUUGACAUGCAGGAAGAAAAUCCAAGGGUAAUUUUAGUGAAAUGGCACUAAAUAUUGCGCUAAUAAGAUAUGCAUGUUUGAAGGUUUGGUUUUUGUCCUCAACUUUGUGCCUAAUCUUUCAAUGCCUUCAGGGUUCUUAAGGGACUUGACAGGGUAGAUGUUGAGAGGUCUUUUCCCCCAUGGGAGAGUCUCAGACCAGAGGGCACAGUCUCAGAAUAAAGGACCACCAAAUUUAAGACUGAAAUGCAGAGGAAUUUCUUCUGUCAGAGUUGAGAGUCUUUGGAACUCCUUGCAUGAUUCGGGUGCGUUUUCAAAAGAUUCAUUCAUAGGAUGAAGGUGUUGCCUCUGAGGCCAGAAUCUAUUGCUAAAUUCUGUUCCAUUCCAAUAUUCUUGUAAUUUGAACUUUGGUCCAGUGGAGCAAGCAGUCAUCUGUGGGGGGGAGCAGUAGGUUGCUAAAGCUUUGGGACCUGUUAAGCUGAGGGCGGAGGUAACGUUCGCUUAUGAAGUAAGAAUCUUUUCGGCUGACCUGGAACCAGUCCAGACUAGACCCGCCUUGCUAAAUGGGCUGGAUAUCUACCGAAGAAAACUUCACACCGUCUCCACAUUUCCCAGCUCCCCUCCAACCAUUAACUAGGUUUUAAAGUGAAAGCGAAUACCAGCCAGACAGAAAUUUUCCAUUACAUUCUUGUACUAUGGUAUGAUGUAAGGGUUAUGGACUUGGUAUAAAUGACAGGAAACUGUUUGAUCAUGCUGCACCCAAAAUAAUUCUGCUCCUGUACUCCACAAUCAAUGAAAUGACUGGUUAAUAGGCUUCCUGGAGGCUUCCUGCCUCCAACUGGGCAAAGACCAUGCAAAGUAUUCCGACACUAUCAUUAAACAUGGAGCUGAACAUGGAAACUCAGUGUGCCAUUCUCCAGAUCAGAGAGCAGCUCUCAAUCUUCCUGUUAUUGUGAAGAGUGCAUUCAGAAUUGUAGCCAACAUGAUAAUAAUUCUUAAAUGAAUUUAGAUUAUUUUGAGCUUUUGACUCACCUAACCUUGAGCUAGUUAGCCCACACCAAAACCAGAAUAUUUGGAUUAGUCCUUCCACGACACAGCUUCUGCUGGUAUUAUAACAGGUCAUGUGAGGUGUUAUAUUUUUGGUUUUAAUCAUUGUUUUUUGGUUGCUAUAUCAUUAGUUAUAAACAAGACUAGGUGAAACCCUGCCUUGCUGUUCAAUGAAAAUGUUGACCCUUCUAUUUUAAUGACAAGGCGGUAUAAACGUGUUUAGUAAAAUCCUAUUUCCCUCUCCUCCACCCCCCCAACUGACUUCGCCCUGCCUCCACCCACACCCCCCAUCCGUACACCUUAACAUUAUCCAUAUGGAUGAUUCACCCAUUGUGGGUGGUGGAAAAUCAUGAGAGUGGCCUCAGGAUUUUUAGGUAUCUCCUGUCCCAUGCCCUUCAGUUUCUUGUUGGAAUGUCAGCCACGUUUAAUGACACUGGGGUAGGUUUAGGGUAAGUGGUAACAACAGUUCAAUCUCAUACCAAGUCAUAAACACCAUUCUUCCAGUUUUAAUGGAGGCAACCAAUCACUCUCAGGGCAAUCACUCAAUGAAAAAUAUUUAAGGAGGCUUCUAUUUUAACAGAUAUUUUACAUUGCACACAGGGAAGUUAGAUUUCCCAGAGCUCGGAAAUGGAAUCAAGAAUAGAUGAGACUACGUGUUAAUUCCAUUCACGGCACUGCUUGUAUCAUAGAGAGAUCUACAGCACAGAAAAGAGCCCUUCAGCCCAUUAUGUUUAAAACAACCACCUAACUAUUCUAAUCCCAUUUUCCAUCACUUGGCUUGCAUGCCUUGGCAUCACAAGUGCACAUCUAAUUUUUGCAAUAUUGUUGGCUAGGAGGGGCAGAAGUGUUCACCUCAGCCCCAAUAAUUCAAAGUGGCUUGCAAGUUAAUGCUGCUACCGUUCAUCCCUCCACCCAAAGCACUACAAGCUUUGACAUCCCUGAUUUCCACUCCCCUCCAUUCCGUCUCCCUCUCCAUUCUCCUGUGUAGCCUUCUACUUCCCCGACUUCUUCCUUGCAAGCUUUCCUGAUGGUCAAUCAGACUGACUGCUGAGAAGGAACCCUGUUUAGCAAAAAAAAGAGAUUUUGUCAUUAAUUUCUGCAAGAUGUCCACUUCCAUCUUAAAGUCCUCAUCCUUCUUGAACCAGUGCCCACAAAUUCCAGCCAGAAUAGUCAAGUUCUGGUUGUUCCCUCAGCGGUCUUGCCUGGAGAUCACACUGUUAUAAGUGAUUAGGAUUGAUUUCACAAACCCAUUUCUAUCAUGGUACUAUUCUUCACUCGCUGCUUUCUGGUGGUGAAAUAAUCCUACUGGGUAACUCUGCUGUCGUUUCCAUCAUGAGUUCCAUUGGUGACAGUUUGUACAGACAACUCUUAUGUUAUAGCGCUUAGACUUUUGUUUCAAUAAAUGUAGUUUGCUGUAAAAUAAGCUGUGUUGUAAGUCCUACUGUCGCUCCCAACCUGUCACUGUCAGUACUUACUCCGUUAUGAAGAAUGCUAGUUAAUAAUCACCAGCUUCGGUCUGCAUUUGUCUGUCCCUUUGUGUUAAAACAAUCACAUCCCAGUUGGAAGGUUGUUGGUUAAAUGAGUUAGGAUUCACCUGAGUGGAAAAUUCCAGAGAUAAAGUAUAUUUUUUUGGGAUGGCCACAGAAUCGUAAUAGCACGUUUAGGGUACACUCUAUAAAGUGAAGGUGUUCCCUUUUGAUAAAGGCACUAUCAGUCUCUCAGGCUGAAUUGCUGCUGCAGCAGCUUAAAGAACGGACUAAUGAAAUUCUGAGUAAUUGUUGAUACUGAGUAAUCGCUGCAUUACAUGGAAAAUGUGAAUAGUAUUUUUUAUAGAUUGUUAAAGAAAUGGCUAGAUGCAUUUGUAAAUAAUAAGGAAGACUAUUGCUUUUAAUUUGUGGAAUUGUUUUCUUUUAAGAAUACUUGUCCCUUUAGGGUUGUUUUGUAUAUAUGUAUUUGGACUGUGCAGCUUUUUUUUUAAAAAUUCACAGCAUCGUAGAACUGCUGAUGAUUAUGUGUUCAGCACUAGUUAACGUGACGUGUUUUAACUUCUGCGUUUGGCUUUAGCUUUAGGAAGCCUUAGCUCUGUGUGUGCUGUCUUGUUAAUUAGCUUUUGGAAAUCCAGCUUAAGACAAGCAAUUGUAAUUCGCACCAUUGCAAUACCAGUAACUGACUUUAAAGCUAAAAUUCUCUUGAGUGACUAGUUUAACCUCUUAAGCUCUUUUCUUUUAAGUGAUAAUGUUCAUUUUCAGCUACUAAUAUUUGUUUGCUCAUUCACAGUGUAAACCUGCUUCCUAAGUUGUUCACUUGAGCACUUGGGUUUACAGUUACGAUACUGUUAAAUGAGCAGGAGUAAAAUGCAGCAUCUUACAGCUUGGGCAUCAUCUACGCUGUACAAUUGGAAGACUGUUCAUUUUUGUUACAUGAAUCUGUCAAAAAUAUAUUUUUAAUUUAAUAUAAACAAAGUUAAAUAAACUGUGAACCAUU